CUUCACGCUACAAUUAUUUAAUAGUAAUGGUUCGGUAGUAUUUAUUUCUUAUAUGGAUUUUUAAAUGAAAAAAUUCCACUUCAUUUAUAACAGCUUUAUUUAUUUAAUACAGUGUGCCCUUUUCUACUAAAUAACUUUUAUGAAAACAUUUGUUUGACAGCUUUAUCCUCUCAUGAGACAUAAAUCGUUACGCUCUAAAGGAAACGCCUAUUUUGCAUCAUAAAAAUGGUGAAAUAUUUCAUCCGUAUUUUGGCUAUCCGUCGUCAAUCAUACGGAUGCAUAACUUGAAAUUCAUGACGUGUACGUGCAGACUGAUCAACAGGUUUCCAUUCAAACUUUGCUAGCACAUUCUAUGACAAAAAAUAAAUCGAAAAUGUUAUACGCUUCCUUGAUCAAUCUUCAACUUUCUAUUUUCAGACGAUGAAUGUAUUUAAAUAAUUUAUUUGUUGUAGAAACGACAAUCAUGUGAUUUCAAAGUUUACUAAAAAUAGAGUAGCAUCGUGAAAAUCAUGCUCCUGACACUGUUUAAGACCAUCCCUUAUUGGUUUCUACAUAAUAUAUCGAAGGAAAGCUAUUCAAUCUCGGUGAUCCUUGCAGGUUCAGUUCAAACGAUUUCAUUUCAUAGCGAUUCAAAGCUCGAAACGUUUAAAACGGCGAUGGAUGUAAACAGCUGUUCGGUAUAGAUGGUUCAAAAUAGUUAUCCUUUGCAGUCAACGGUUUCAAUUUCGAAAAAUUCUAACGUAAACAAUUAUUAGUCGACACUCGAGUCGCGAAAGCUCAGUGGUGACCGGGAGUCGCCUUUCGAGUGCAAAGGGUUAAUGCCGACCACUAUAUCACGACGGGAAGAAUCUAGGCACGGUUCGCGCAUCUCGUGGACUCGUCGUACCGUGACGGGGAACCGAAAAGCUCAGGAGGGUGACGGAGCGAGCCGAAGUUGGCCGAAUCCCGCCGAGGUGCAUCGAAAGCUUCGAGUGGUGUGGGGCGUGCAUUUGUUAGUCGCACGCCGGUCGUUGAAUGGAGCGGGUGUGGAGACGCGUACAAAGCGCCGGACGUCGCGGUGCAGCAGCUCGAUGUGGUUGCCCCGUGCAGCCGUGUCAGCUGCACGUGGACCAACGCGCGAAACGCGGGGGCGGCGGUCGGAAAUCUCGCAGCGGACCGCAAACGAUCGUGUGCGGUUGUCAGGUCCAGCCGUGCCCGGUGCAUCCAGUGCUGAUUAGGGUUCGUCGUGCUCGACCCGCGGUUGGCAACUGCGACUGUCCACCCGAAUCGCAGCCCUGUCCUCACGCAUCGUCGCGUGCAUCGGCUGGACGCAGGCUCCGAAGAUGCGAGUGUUCGGACCGACCAUGUCGUCACGCGGCGUACAACGGUGGCACGCGUCGUCGAGUGCCGCUGCACCCUUCCUCGCCAACCUUCUCCCAAGCAAGCCAGUCUAAUCAACAGCAACAGCAGUCGUGCGAAUGCCCCGAAAGAAUAAACUGCACCCACACGGUGGCUGGCGGCGGCGGCGAGGCUCCGUGCGAGUGCGAGUGCAGCGAGGACGUGAAACCGUGCUCGCACACCAUCAAGCAACGUCGAUCGCGUCGCACGUGCGACUGCAGCGGUAGCGGCUCGCAACCGUGCAGCCAUAAACCCCAGCACGAGGGGCGAAUAAAGCGCGUCAAGUGCCGUGUAAGGCGCGCCGGUUGCGCCAUGGCCAGGUGCACCGCGGAACUCGCGAUGCUGCACCUGCAUUGGGGCCUCGCCACCGAAUGCGCGCCCUGCAGACCGCGUGCACUAACCCGACGACUCUGUCGGAGGCAGCAAAGCGACAACGAGCUUUACAGGAGUAACAGCUUCAAGUUCGAGCGGUUCGAGAGAACCAAGGACGAGUGCGCCACACCGCUACACAAACAGGUUUCCCUAUGCGACGAUUAUAGUCUACCAGUGGACUUCGUGAACAAAAGACGUCCUGUGAGUGCUGCAACCGCAACCUCUACGGUGCAGUGGGCGCUACCCAGUCCUACCGUCGAAAACGCGGAAGUCGAAGUUGUGGAACAAUAUAGCGACCCCCGGGAUAGUAAGAACAAGGCGUACGUCGAGCCGGGAGCUGAUACGUCUCUGCCGACGAUUUACAGCAAAGUAAAUCGCAACUAUUGCCGACCUUAUACGGACCCCUCGGCAUCGGGAUCGUCCUGCGAGGAUGACGAAGAGGGUCGCCAGGCGGACAUCAGGAAACGCAAGAACAGCGUGUACGCGACUUCCUCGUCGCGUACUCGCUCUGUAGACAGGGACAAGGAGAUAACGUCCAUCGACGGUUCUGUAAUCGGAUGCGUAGCCCUGGUGCACCUCGCCGAUCAAUCACCGACAGAGUCCAAUCAACCGGUACGUCAUCCGUCACCCUAUUACUACGGCGACCUGUUCAAGGUGCCCGAGCAGAUCAGCAAAACGCAACCGAACAAAUACAGGAAAAGCGUGAGUCUCGACGUCCCGGGUGAACGAUCGAGGACACCCGGUAUACCGAAGAGGAACUCGGUGGCAGGUGAUGGGGGUACCUAUUCGUCUCAGCAACAGCAGCAACAGCUGUCGCAGCCGCAACAUUAUCAAAGCCAGGAUCUAGUGAGCCCCACGUCGGGGAGCGAGCAUGCUGUCCCAGCCAGGAACGAGAUCCUCUCGUCGUGCAUCAUCACCGAGUGGGAUCAUACCCUCAUGCCUCCGCAUAGGCUGUUGAGUCAUGACCUGCCUACCACGGUUUGUACCUGCGUCGCAUCGCCAGACGAAGAGGAGGAUGAGCUAGAUGAACGUCAGCCGCAGUUAACGCGGCACCAAGUGCGCAAGCUACGACGUACACGGAGGAUAGAUCCGCAACCGAUACUCGUCGAGGACGAGGACGACGUGGAGGGAGAGGACGAAGGGGAGGAAGAGGAGGAGGAGGACGUGGAGGUGGAUGAAGACGAGGAAGAAAUGGCUAGGCAACGUCACCUCUACGAGACGGCCUUCGACUGCAAAGUCAAUCGCUCCGACGACGACCUCGAUGACCUCGAUCGGGUCACGAAUCAUCCGGUGUUGCACUCGCAGGUGAGGAGCAACAGCGCGAUACCGGUAAGCAGAACGAGUUCGUCGACGGACACGUCGAAGCAGCAGCAAUCGCAGCAGGUCCUUUACCCUGGACAGUCCCACAGCAGCAAAGAUCGACGCAAAGUCGUACUUCUCCGCCCAAAACCGAUUCCGAGCCGUCUUCAGCAGCAGCAACAGCAACAACAGCAAUCAGACAAUAUUUCUACUCUGUCCCAAGAUAUCGAAUCCCUCCAGAUCAAUUCAAGCGACGAGAAGAACGGGUCUCCGCGGCUACCGGCCAGAGGCUACACUCCGUCGCCUCCAUCCACGGCACCGUUGCCAGCAAAGUUCCACGGGAAUCGUGAUCACUUAUUGCUGAAUAUACGCAGCACGCCGAAUCUACCCUCCCAACCGGACCAUCCGCGCCUGAAAGACUUGAGACUACCCGUGAAGUCGUUGCUCAGGGCCAAGGACUCGCCGCAGAGCAGCGAGGGCAGCAUACUGGAGAUCAAAAGCAGACCAAAGAAUUUUGCUCAAGAGAACGUGGAGUCCACCCAGGGUCGACGGUUCGACAAGGAACUGAUCCUGGAGUUCAAGGGCAGGCCGAAGGAGGAGAGACAACGACCGCGAAGUCUGAUCCGCGAGAGCAAGCCUAUCAUGGAGUUCAAGGGCAGGCCCCACGAGGCUGAGAGCGACCUGCUGCGACCGCGUCGCGACGUAGGCCUUCUGGAAUUCAAAUUGCGGACCAGCAGACGCCGACCAGGGUACUCCAGCACGGAGAGCAUGGCUACCAGCAGCAGCGGCGGUAGCAUGGAGUCUCUACGGAGCAGCACCAGCGAGGGCAACAGAUCCACCAGCAGCUCCGAGAGCCGCCAUAGCACCAGCCUCAGCUCUCACAGCUCCGACAGCGGUAGCACCAACUGCUACCACCGUCACCAUCAACAACCCUCUAUGACCGGUUUCUUGACUCACCAUGCCAACAAGCUCCACAUACUCUCGCCCAUUUCCGACAAGUCGUCCCAGGAGCCGGCCUCGGAGACCUCCGAUAACAAUCGCAACAACAACUCGCAGAAAGCUUCGCCGGAAGAGAACCUCACCAUGGAGAACAACGUGACCGCGUCCAACAUCGCCAACACGAACACGGCGAACACUAACACGAACACGAACUCGGUGACGUCGCCCAUGGACACGUCGUUCAAGAAGAGGCGCACGCCGCAGAACAAGAAUCUCAUCAAUCUGGCCCUGCAAUCCUCGUCGUCUGGCGACGCGGAGAUCCAAGGGUCCGACAGCGGAAUCUCGAUCGAGUCGCGGGCGGGGAUCAAGUGCAAGCCGUUCGGUUUCCACUUGUUGAAGCCGCAGCUGGAUAACAUCAAUCUUGUCGACAACGAGCCCGAGCUAUCCGAUCUCCCGUUCGACAUGCCGAAGCUGCGAAGGAGGCGAUUGCUUAUGCAACAGGACGCCACGACUUCUGGCAGCGCGACCAGCGUCGAUUUAAGAGACCUGCCGUUCGACAUGCCCAAGCUCCGGAGAAGACUCAGAUGCAUGCAGAGCACGGAAUCGAGCGGCUCCCAGGCAUCUUCCAGUCUGUCUGUGAGAGACGUGGAGCCACCGGCGCUGUUCGGCGGCGGUCUGGCGCGUCCGAAGAUGACACUGAAUCUGGACGCUGGUAACGGGACGAACAGCAUCGGAAACCCCGGUCAGCUGGCACCGAAAAAACCUGGAGGUCUGAGCCUUGGAUUGCCACUGGAGAUUAACACAGCCCGCGGAUCCGCCGAUCUCGUUGACGUGGACCUUCCUCUCGAGAGACAAGGGUGGUAUCACGGAUCCAUCACAAGAAUCGAGGCAGAAGCUGUCCUCCGACUUCUCAGGGAAGGAAGUUAUUUGGUGAGGAACAGCGAAUCGACCAAACAAGAUUAUUCUUUGUCGCUGAAAAGUGCUCGGGGCUUCAUGCACAUGCGGAUCCAGAAGAACGAGGACCUGAACGCGUACAUUUUGGGCCAGUUCAGCAAACCGUUCGAGAGUAUCCCAGAAAUGGUUCGCCACUUCAGCGUGAACCGUCUGCCGAUACGCGGUGCCGAGCACAUGUGUCUUCUGCAUCCGGUCAUAGCUCAGCUUUUGUAGCGCAUCUAUCGCAGCGCCGUUUAAGGCGCUCCUACUUUUUGAUAUCCAGUUUAUUCCGAAAACACCGAGGCUCGAGGCUUGCCGUCGAACAUUUUCGGUAGAUGUUCGCCAAGAAGGAGAGCGAGAGGAAAAUAUUGUGCAUAGGAAACAAUAACCCGCGGAAUAGAAAAUGUACGGGUACCGUGCAUUCGACCGACGUUAUAUCUAGUUCCACAGAAAGUUACUGCGUUUUCAAACAGAGAAUAACGAAGCAGUAAGAGUCGUAGUAAUCGUUAAUUCGAAUGAAAAUUGGAAAUGAGUUGUACGGUUUUUAAAAACUUUGAUGCCAAUUGUUCUUUAUCCUACCUAACUUUAACUUUGUUUAUGGCAAAUUUUGAGGACUAUCCUUUGGCUAAAUUCUUGAACUCUUUCUAUAGAAUUAAUAAUGUGUUUUAUGUUUUCAUUUGUAAGGAAUUAAUUAUAAAUGUUCGAGUGCACGACAGUGUAAUAAUCGAUAAAGUAAUCGCUUAUAAGUUUUCAAAAACUCGAUUAUUAAAAUCAGUGUAUUGAUUUCAUGUUACUUUGUUUUUGGUUACGAUAUAUAGUAUGAAAUUGUACAUUAGAUGUUCGUUGGCUGUAUAGGACAAUCAUCGAUCCAAACGCUAAACAAAACUGGCAUCAAUUUGCAGAGUAAUAUAUUAUCUAUGUUUCUAUCAAUUUCUAAUGGACAUCUUUAGAAAUGUACACAACAUUGUACAGAAUAACUGUUAUAAUAUGAUGCUAUGUAAAAACUCAAAUGAAAUAUAUAGAGAAUACAUUAAUCCUCUACAAUAAGAAAUAGAAAAGGAAAUCAAGGAAAGCCAUCGAAGGAAACAAAUGACAAAAUACACUCAAUGUAAUAAAUAUUCGUACAGAGACAAAAGGAGCAGAAUUUUUAAAUUACUUGAACGAUGUUAUUAUUACUCAUAUAAACUAUAUAUAAACCAAUGAACAUUCAAUGUACAUUCUUAUACCCGGUGGAUAAAAUGUUGAUACGUGACACUUGGUAUCCUAAGAUAUCUGGAAACGUAGACUGAAGCUUGAAAUUUAUAGUUCAAAAGACAAAACGACAGGACUUUCUGUCGGACACGAUACUUUCGUAAUAUUUCCAUUUUUGUCUCACGUUUCACGAGACUGUUUACGAUGAACUUUCCGAGCUUCCGAGGAGAGAGAAACUGCGCGAGCGCGGAAAAACAAGUCAGGAAUCGGAACUAUUCGCGGAAGUAAUACAGUACAAAUCAGUGAAAAGUUUCUUUGUAGGCUUAGCGAGCGAUCUCGAGAAUAAUCAUGUUCGUUCACGCGAUCCCUUAACAGUCGACGACUGUUCGUCGAGUAGAGCUUUAUUAGCCAGGCAGGGAGCGAUUGCAUUGGUCUAAACCAGAGAUGAGUAAAAUUCUUAUCCGAACAACGAUUUCGGAUAACGAAUAAAAGUUAAACAACCGUUUAUCCGUUACUCUUCGAAGAAGAAUCGAUAUUCGACUUAUGAAAUGGAACACUUCGAAAUGCACAAACGAAAAUGUAAUCGUCCAAUCGAACGCGGCGAGUAAAUCGCUUUUAUUCGAACAAAAUUUUGCUCAUCUCUGAUCCGAAGUAUUCAGUUAUGAAUACGAUGCUUUGACGAACGUUCAGGGAUUUGACGAUGAGUUUAUGGAUCCGUCUCGUCUUCCCUAAAGUAACUAUUGCGUAAACCUUUCUGCCAGAGGCGUGUACUUUAUUUUCGCAUAGUGGAUUCAGGAUAUCAUUCCUCUUGCACUCGGACGAUAGAAAUGGCCUUUGCGAAAGGUAGAAUUGCGAGCAGCGCCGGAUUAAGAUAUCGUUGAACCCUUGGGCUACAGACACUCCGAGUCUGCACAGAAUGGGGCAUUCCAAUGGAAACUUCUCAAUAUCUUCGUGAACCAUGACCGUAUCAAAUAACUCCACAGAACAAAGUUACGUAAUUUUAUGGAGAACAUGUAACGAUGAAAACAAUUCCUUCUUUUGAGAGAUUUUACAAUCAAGAUUCUUCUCGUGGAGCUCACAAAAAAUAACUUGGAGGAAAAUUUUCUUUUGUUACUAAUUGUGUUCCUUAAAAUAGCAUGAUUUUGUUUUCCGUAAAACGUUAAAUGGCAGUGAUAUUUAGGCGUGCCCUGUUGAAUACUCCAUUUUGCACAUGUGUACAGUAUAACAUUUUCUUUUUUUACUUCAAUAUGUUUACUAUGGUCAAUACAAAUCAGGUACAAAUACAAUCAAUUACAUCGAUCAAUUAAAUCCCUUUUAAAUAGAUGGAGUACUCGUACAUAUGAUUCAGAACUCUCUAAGCUGUAGCCCGUAAAGCUCGCGCCUUAAUCCGACCCUGAGAAAGAAGACGGGAAAACGAUGUGCCAGCAGAAAAGGAAAGGUAUGAAGAAAGAGGAGAAAGGAACUCUCUGAAAGAGGAACUUGUAAGGAUAGAUUCUAAGACGCUUUAACGCGAGAGGUUGACGAAUUUAAGGGUUUCGGGUGGUCGAGAGCCGAAUCCUUUUGGAAUCGUCUUUCGAAGCACUCCAAGAGCUUUACAAAAUGGUUGUUCCUUGUGCUUGUGGCCUGUCGAGGCCGCGAGUUCCGUGUAAGAAACUAUCGAUGGGAUCAGAGUCGUUGUCGUACAAGCUGGUAAUCCGACAAGGUGCGAGGUAAUACGUACUUAGGUUUAGAUACACACGUAGCUGGCCAAACCUGGCCGGCUACUAACGGAGCUGGAAGCCAAAGAAGAGCGUAUGUAAGUCGUGUUUUCGUUCGUGCGAGGAAAGAACGAGCGAAGACGUUGAACGAAGUGGCCGCGGCACCCAGCCGCGGUUACUAUGCCAAACUUUACCGCUAAUCGUAAUCAUUUAGUCAGGGUUUAAGUUGUUUGUCGUCGUUGAUAAGCGAUUAGGCUCGGACCAGCAAAUUGAUCGACGGGUUACUUCGCGUUGCUACCGAGACUGAGAUGGGCACGUCGAAUGUUCUGUUUGUUCGGUUAAACAAUUAUUCGGAUAAUUGAGAUAUAGUUUAAGUAAUAACUUUGUUCAAUUUUCGCGUAACUUCUAUCUACAGAAUUGAACGAACACGGGAAAAAUGAAGGAGGUUGAAAGAAAAGAGGAAGAUUGUUUUAUAAGAAACGAAAGAAAUGAAAGCGUGAAGCAUAAUUUGAUUGUAUAAUCGGAUUGCAUUCUGUGUUAUUUUUUAUUCGUUAUUCGAGAUGUUUCAUCUGGACGAGAUUUUUGCCCAUCUCUGUACUACGAGCAGGAGAUGAAAGAUAGGGGAGAGUGGACACGAAUGAAAAAUGUGUCUUUUCGUCCAGGGCUGACCGGUGAGAUGACAAGUACGAAGGAGGAACGAUCUAGGUCAGCCAAUCCAAAUCAUCGAUGGCUCGUCACCCGAGUCAUCCGUCCGACAGUCUCUUAUUUUUGGGAGAUUUUUGCGAGAGAUGGCAACCGAUACAUAUUUUUUCAUGUGAUAUCAAUUUGUUACAGAGAUAGCCUAGGUUUACCUGUGAUCUGUUACUUAGUUCCCUUUAUCCGUGUCUGUUGGUCGCUGUGUGCAAUAUUCUCGUACGUACGAUUAUGGUAACGAUAAUAAUAAUAAUAAUAAUAAUAAUAAUAAUAAUAAUAUUAAUAAUAACAAUAAUAAUAGUAUAUAGUAAGAACGGUAACGAUAAUUAUUAAGUCGCUAUUAUUUAACAUUGGGUAGCCAGCAACGAGAGACGUCCGUGGCGUAACAAUAAUUAUUUCGAGGUAAGAAUUUCGAUUCGCGACGGUUGUGAGGGAAAUUUUGUUAGUCGUCAGCCCUGCGCUGGCGACGCGUAACCAAAGAUUUUACUUGCGACAUCGAUUAGGUGAACCUUAGAACGCGUAGCGAGUGCCGCGAGAUCAAAGUAGCGUCUGGAAUAAUUUUGAUCGACGUUAGUCUGUCAAUAGAUCCGUACUAUUCGAUAUAAUUGCGACGCUAGUCGUUACCAGUGGCGUAACUAAACGCACGACUUUGCAGCAGAAGAAGAACAAACAUAAUAGCAGUGAUUUUUCGAGCGUUCCUUCUACACUUUCUUUUUAGAAGUAUAUACUUUAUUAUAAAUAGUAAAUGUUAGAAAGGCCCUUAAUAGCUUCGCUAGAAAUAAUGUAUACGAACGUUUAAUCUAAGAAAUAUUACUUUGCUAGUUUUAUUGGCUAUUUUUCUUUCAAAUUGAAGUUUGCCUUUGAUUUAUUUCUCAUACUAUACAAAUUUUGAAGGGAAGAUUAACUUCUUCUAGCUGCUAAUGGUCACGCCACUGGUCGUUAUUUGGUUUAUUAGAUCGUUUUCGACUGAUUUUCAACGUUGCAUUCGGCACUUUCUACCGUUCUCUUUCAGUUAGGUUGGAGCGUAAUACACACACACUCGUACACACAUAAAUUACACAUAAAUUACACACACACACACACACACGUUGUACUUUAAGCUGCCAGUAUUAUUAACUGUAAUCGAUAAUGCAUAUCCAUGUUAACGUUUAAGACAUUAUAUUGUCCCCCUCCUAACGAAUGAUUACGAAAAGUAUAAUCUAUAUAUAUAAAUACAUAUAUAUAUAUAUAUAUUUAUUUGACAUUCUAUUUAUUGCAUUGUGUCGUUAAAAAAGCCAAUGAUCUUACGUCAUGGUUCCCGUGUAUACCGUUGAUUUAACCCGUAAGAUCAUAGCGAAGUAAAUUCAUGAUAAUCUUCUGUAGGUAUUAGCGAACGUAGAAUUAACCGCCAUUUACCAAAGGAUAAACGAAACGAGGCAGUCGUAAAUUAUGUGGUAGACACUGACUUGUAGAUACUUCCUGUACCUUGAAAUUUAUAUGACGUAGCAUUUAGCUCCGACGUAUACACAGUACCACGUAUACAUGAAUAUAUAUUAUUACCAGAAUACUAGCGCAUAGUCAUUUAUAUAGAAGGUAUAACUGUGAGAUCGGAAGGAAUCGAGUAAACGAGCAUGUAUCCCGAUAUACAUAAACAAUCGAGAGCGUUGCGUGCAAAAAAAAAAAAAAGAA